UCAAAUAUGUUUUGACGUACGAAAAGAUUUUUAGACAUAUUAUUAUCUCAAUCUCAAACGUUAUUUACAAAAGAACCCACAAAACGCGCCAGCAGCAACUAUGUCUUUAGGCAGUGUGAUGAACUCUGUUAGUCUCUAGUUAGUAAAGUCGCAGUUGCGCGCGCGUCGCGAAGGAGGUUAGACGAGCGAUACGCUCGCGACCUUUUGUAGUAACUGAUAAUGUAAUCAACAUUAUAUACUACUCCAGAUGAUCAAUCACCUAACGCACUACAACAUAAAAUGGAGUAUUACACAUCAGAUAGUUGUGACAGUGACUUCAGGGAGCAGAAAACACUCGAUUUAUCCAAUCAAAUGAUAGAUACAUUAAGUAUCUCUGCUGAAAUGAGAAGUAUAGUGGAUGAAAAAGAUUGUGCUGAAAGCUACGAGAUAAUAUUACUGUACAACAACAGAAUACAAUCACUUCCAAAUUUCCUAAACAGGUUUUGCAACUUGAAAAUUUUGAAUGUGAGCAACAACAGGCUGACUGUUUUACCAGAUGUGUUUAAGAAUUGUCCCCUCACGACUUUGGUAGCAAAACAUAAUCAACUCACUAACGAGUCACUUCCCAAAUCAUUUUAUACUGCAAAGAAUACUCUUCGUGAACUGAACCUCAGUGGAAAUCAGUUAAAUUUAUUCCCAGAGCAGAUAUUCGAAUUGACACAUCUGAAAUAUCUUUACCUAGGCAGUAAUAAAAUAGUUAACAUACCAAAGGACAUUUGGAAAUUAAGCGGUUUGCAAAUACUAUCACUUGGUGGUAACCAAAUUAUCGAAGUGCCCGAGAACGUAGGUCACUUAACUUCACUACAAGCGUUGGUGCUCAGUGAUAAUUUGAUCGAACAAUUGCCAGCAAGCAUCACAAAACUGAAGAAUUUAAGAUCUUUAUUAUUGCACAAGAAUCGAUUGAAAACUUUGCCUACACAAAUUAUUAAACUAAAAUGCUUGACAGAGCUCAGUCUUCGGGACAAUCCCCUUGUAGUAAGAUUCGUUAGAGACAUGACUCUGCAGCCACCAUCACUCUUAGAGCUGGCUGGUCGCACUGUGAAACUUCACAACAUUCCAAUUGAAACUGGAGGUAUUCCUAAGACAUUGAUCAAUUAUCUGCAAGCAGCCCAAUGUUGUGUCAAUCCAAAAUGCAAAGGUGUCUUCUUUGACAACCGCGUAGAACACAUCAAAUUUGUAGAUUUUUGUGGAAAGUACAGGAUUCCAUUACUACAAUAUUUAUGCAGUUCAAAAUGUAUUACUGGAAGUUGGGAAAGCCGUGAGGUAGACAGUAAUCCUCACCCACAUAUGAUGCGAAAGGUUCUUCUGGGUUAAUUAUGCCAUAAUGACAUUAUUAAGACCAGACAGAUUAAAAAUCACAAAUUGUUUUUCUUGCUAUCAUCUAUUGUCAACUUGACGUUUUUAAUUAUUUUUAUUUAGAUUAUUUGUUGUACAAUUUAUAUUACUUAUGAUUGUGUUGUAUUGGGACAAAAUAUUUUUAAACUGUUAAAUAUAAUAAUUAUCAUACACAGCAUAAUUAGAUAAAACAAAAAUUUACAGAAAUAAUAUUUUUAAAACAUUAUGAGUAAUAUAAUGAAAAUGUUUACCAAGUUGUGAUAUUUAAAGAAAUAUAAUAAACAGAAUUUAUUGUUAAA